AUGGAGGCUCUCUUCUUCAACGUCGACUCGGGGUUUCUGGAAGGUAUCGUGAGAGGGUACAAGGCUGGUAUUCUGACGCAGGGACAGUAUGGCAAUUUAACGCAGUGCGAAAGCCUCGAAGAUUUUCGGACACAGCUGUCCGCGACAGACUACGGUAACUUCCUCGCGAACGAGCCGCUCCCCAUCUCGACGUCUACCAUCGCCGACAAGGCGACGCAGAUCUUGGUCGACCAAUUCAACUACAUACGGAGCAACGCCGUCGCGCCAUUGAGCAAGUUCUUGGACUAUAUUACGUACGGGUAUAUGAUUGACAAUGUCGUGCUUUUAAUCACGGGAACAUUGCACGAACGGGAUACGCACGAGCUGCUGGAGCGGUGUCAUCCGCUGGGAUGGUUCGAGACCAUGCCAGCGCUCUGUGUCGCAACGAAUGUUGAGGAGUUGUUCCAGACUGUCCUCGUCGAAACGCCAUUAGCACCAUACUUCCGUGACUGCCUCUCUGCCUCUGACCUCGACGACCUCAACAUCGAAAUCAUCCGCAACACGCUCUACAAAGCCUACCUCGAGGACUUCCACGCCUUCUGCACAUCCAUCGACGGCCCAACGUCCGACGUCAUGGCGCGCAUCCUCUCAUUCGAGGCCGACCGGCGCACGAUCAACAUCACGAUCAACUCUUUCAACACAGAGCUCUCCAAGGAACAGCGCGCGCGCCUCUUCCCGACCAUCGGCCGCCUCUUUCCCGAGGGAAACAAUCAGCUCGCAAAAGCAGAUGACAUCGACCAAGUGCGCGCGAUCUGCGAAGGCAUCGCGGAGUACCGUGCGUUUUUCGAUGGCGCGGCGGGCGCCGCCGCGCACGAGGAUGGGGAUCUCAGCGUCGCGGCGCAGCUGGAGGACAAGUUCUUCGUCGCGGAGGUACACAAUAACAAGCUGGCAUUCCUGCAGCAGUUCCAGUACGGAGUGUUCUACGCUUACUUCAAGCUCAAGGAGCAGGAGAUCAGGAACUUGACGUGGAUCGCCGAGUGUAUCGCACAGGAGGCGAGGGACAGAAUCCAAGACUUUAUACCUAUCUUCUGA